AUGCGUGAAACUACCCGCGUCCGACCAACCACGAUGCCGCCGCAAGAUUACCAGGUGACCGCUGCCCUCGCAGCAAGAGACAUGCUCGACUCUACCGCCGGCUCCGCCAUCAACGGCAAGAGCAUCGCCUUGAUCAUCUUCGUCGCCAUUGUCCCCGUACUCAUCGCCGCCGGUGCGGUAAGCUGGCUCCUAUGCUGCUACAGCCGAGGCCGCGGCUGCGGACGCCGGAACAAGGACAACAAAUCAAAGGCAAACCCAGCAUCGCCACAACACAAGACCGCGUCGGGCACGACGGCACCAGCAGCGCAGAACGCGCCCAAUCGCCCCGCGCCGGCGCACACCAGGAACGAUUCUUUGAUGAGCAAGAACUCGAAUGAGAAGGUUCCGACGCUGCCAAAGGGUUUUGUUUGA